AUGGAGAAAACAAUUCUGAUCACGUUUCUUCUCAUGGCCACCACAUCAAUGGUUUCUCAAACUCUAGCUCAAGAAGAAGAAGAGAUCAUUCCAAUGUCUUCAUUAGCAUACGAACCAACUGCAGCUUACGAGUACGACCACGAACUCCUACACCACAUGACGACAGAACGCAUCAAUUUUCUCCAAGAUUGUUCCGAUAAAAUCAGCUCGAAAUGCGGCGUCGAGAUGACAAAAGGAUUGAUCAACGACAAGCCAGUGUCGGAGGAAUGCUGUGAGAACUUUUUGAAGAUUGGAAGAGAUUGUCACGAAGGACUCAUGAAUUUUGUCUUUGCCACUUAUGAGCUAAAAGAUGUUGCUAAUGAGAUUCUUCCAAGGAGCAAGAAGAUGUGGAACAAAUGUGUUCAGACCACUGCUCCUAAGAUUGGUGCUCCUCUCGCUUUUGAAACUUGAUUCUUGA